AUUAUAUUAUAUAAUACUGUCUACAUCAUUCACACAAUAAUAAUCUGAGCACACAUCUUCUAAAACUACAGAUGUGUUUAAGUGCUUCAAGCCAUAAUACCAGUAGUUAUUCUAGAAAUUGCAAAUUUAUGCCGGUAUCAGUUUGUAAAAUCAACACCGUAGAAGAUAGCAGAAACUUGAACCACGGCCUAUCAACAAUGUAAAAACGUAACAAUGAUAUGCUGUAAGAAAGUGGCAAGGUAGUUAGCUGGAGUAAAGGGUAGAAGGGGCAUUACUGUAAAACUGACAGUAUCAACAGCGCACACAGACUGCGACAGGUGAUCUCUGACUGACAGAGUAAUCCUGCAAGCAUUUUAUGAAUGAACUGUUAAAGCGUUGUGGGAGGCACAAUGAGGCAAUUUCUUUUUUUUUUUAAAUAGGGGGUUGUAUUUUUCAUCAGCGUGACAAAUGAAGAUGCAGCAGCUACUGAAGCGCAGACUGCCACCUACACGUAACUGGGGACUAAUAAGGACUGGCUGGUUACCACGUGCCAGCCAAAUUUAUUCUGUCAAUGGACCACUAUUUCCAGGAGACUUCCUAUAUAAAUACAAUGUAAGUGGAUUAUUUAUUGGAUAACUUUGAAAAAAAAACCUCCCAUGCCUCUUCAUCUCCGAGAUAGGAAUCAACAUUCUACAACAUUUUAUUGAGGAUAUUUUUCAUUUGCAAAGACAUUUAUUUAUAUUCUAUAUAUACGACUACAUAACCAGGUGUGGAGCCCAGUUUAAGCUUUGAUGCUGCUCCAAAUUCCUUCCAGUUGUUCUUAGUUUGAAAGUGAUACAUUUUGAUAUUCUAGGGAUAUUUAUUGAGGGAUUUUUGCUUUAUUUUCAAACACGAACUGAUCUUCUGUACAGGUGAGGAACUUGGCAGGAUCUUUGAUGCUAGAUUCUUCCAGCAGAUCUUAAUUUGUGAUAAAAAUCUAAAGACGGCAAACUUCUGUCAACCAUGAGGACAAUUCUAGUGAUUUUGUUGUUAAGUUUGGACUUCAGUUUUACUUUAAAGUUGUCCAAAAAGUCCAAUAAAAAGAUGCUAAAAACCAAACGAUGCAAAUAUACUUUUGUGGUCAAAGAAAUGGCCGAAGGUGGACACUGUCCGAAUCAAGUCCAAGAAUACCCUCAGGCCGACAAAACGAUGGAAAUAGCCUCAGUGGCUGCUGACCCCAGAAACCCGUACAGUAUUAUAAAAAGCACAACGAACCAGAUACUGUCAGGUACAAAAUUUACAGAGUUAGAGAAACGUUUGAGAGCAGUGGAGAGUAUGUUAGAGGAUCAGACUGAGGAAAAUACAAAUCUAAACCAAACCAUUAUCAAACAAGACUCCAAACUCAAACAGUGUGACAAAAUGAUAGGUGAUUAUCACAAAAACAUCACAAAUAUGUAUCGCUUGAUGAACCAUCUCCAGCGAGUGAUUGGCGACCAGAAGAAGGGGUACAGGGAGCUAGAGAAGAAAGUGUCCGGCAUCGUCCUGGACGUCGUGGAGGUUAAUAAUGUGCUGGAGAAAAAGGUGACCACGUUUGACAACACAGUCAGCUUGAAACGCAAAAACAUCCAGGUGGAAACCAUCUCCAAGGUGCUCAACUGUGGACAGACGAACCCUGAAACCACCUUCAAAGAUUGCCAGGAUGUGCUGGCCAGAGGGCACACCAUCAGUGGCGUCUACUACAUCACCACUACCUAUUCCUCUUGCUCUGUCCCAGUUUGGUGUGACAUGGAUACGCCACCUGGUGGAUGGCUGGUCAUUCAGAACCGCUUCAAUGGUGAAGUGGACUUCAACAGACUUUGGGACGAAUACAGAGACGGUUUUGGCAACAUUGCCUCCGAGUUUUGGCUAGGUCUAGACAACAUAUUCCUUUUGUCUAAUCAAGAUUUCUAUGAACUAAGAUUUGAUCUGUGGGACUUUGAAGAUAACAGAGUGUUUGCUCUUUACAAGAAUUUCAAACUUGAUGGAGCAAGGGACAGGUAUAAAAUCCAUGCCACAGACUAUGAAGGCAGUGCCAAAAACGGCAUGAGUGUCCACAAUGGUAUGCGAUUUUCCACUCCAGACCAGGAUAAUGAUAACUGGCACACCUACCAUUGUGGUAAGGAAUGGCGGGCUGGGUGGUGGUUCAACAACUGCUGGCAUUCCAUACUUAAUGGCCCUUAUUACAACCAAUCAAACGUCCGGACAAGGGGAAUCUCCUGGAAUGACUGGAAACCAGAACAGCUUGCUAAAUCUCAAAUGAAAAUCCGACCCAGCCGACUAUACAAGAGUGAAGACACCACCAAACAUGCCUCCAAAACAUCUGACCCUAAAUUACGUGAUGAGGUCAAAACACCCUCGCAAAACAAAGACUCAAGGGAAAGGGUCAAAAACUUAGUGCGACCAAAGUCAUAGGCAUUAAAGACAAUAGUUUAAUUAUUUCAAUAUUCUGGUAUUAUAUGAUCACCCGUCUUUCAGCAACAUAUUUGAUUUCUUAUCUUCCAAUCCAAAGGGCAAAAUCCAUGGAAUAUUUCAGCUACCACCUAACAAAUUGUAAAAAAUUUACCAUACCUGCAAAAGACAGACUGGCUGUGUUUACAUAGAAAUAUGCAAUUUAUCUCAUACAAUUCCCCGAUUUAUUGCACAUAUUGUCAGUGAAGCAGUCAGACAUCAGUAAGAUUAGCUGCCUGUCUGAGAACAAAACAGACACUUAUGAAGAAUGUUUAUAAACUUCAUAACCUAACAGUCAGAGAUACAGUGUCUGAAAUAGAAAAAUUAUGGGGAUAGAGAUUAACGAUGUCAUUAUAUGAAUUCUGUUGUUUAUUAACACCGAAAACUCACCAAGCUCACUUAGCAAAUUUGAUUUUUGCUACCAUUAUGUGUCUACAACAGCACACGUAGACCCCAAAUAUGACACGUACACAGUACAUCUAACUAGUCAAAAAUCAGCCACUCAAAUGUGACACGUACACAGUACUUAUGACACAUACAGAGUACUUAUGUCACGUACACAGUAAUUAUGACACAUACACAGUACUUAUGACAAGUACACAGUACUUAUGACACAUACACAGUACUUAUGACAUGUACACAGUACUUAUGACACAUACACAGUACUUAUGACAUUACACAGUACAUAUGACACAUACAUUUGACUAGUCUAAAAUCAGCAAUUAACUCAAAUAAGGCACCAUGUAGAUAAUAUGAGUAUCUCAGUCAAGUUUCUUUAACUGCAAAGAACAUGUAGUCGACGGGCAGUUGGUUACACAUUUGGUUACUUAGUAUAAAACUAGAGUCCUUUAAGAAAAAUACAAUCUGCAACAUUUAGAAUGUAAUUAGAACUACAAAGUGGGCACUACAAUUAAUUACAUAUUAAUAGACAGACAGCAUACUAGGCAGAUAGAAAGUGAUCGCUGAAUGUUGCCUGGUGUUUCUCGCUGAAUGUUGCCUGGUGUUUCGUGGGUGACACAAUCAAGGAAUUUAAGCACUGCCAGUUCCAGAUCAUUUCGUACAAGCUUCCUGUCUUGUAACAAUAAGGUCUAUUGCUGUUCUGUAACACAUGCUGGGAGACACAUGUUCCACAGCAUUGUCUUACUGACAAUACAUUGUCUGGUAUGUCGACAGGCCAAGCAGAUCGGAAUCAGUUUCAUUUGCAGUCUGCACUAGAUUAUCUAUGGAUUAUCUUGCCAACACAGAUUUGUCAGGGUACAUUUUUUUAUCUGCAGAUAUGCAAAAACAUCAAAAUCAUCAGGCAUUGCUAAUUUCUAUCACAGUUCCAGUUCUUUCCCGUGUCAGGGUGUACAUAGAAUCUUGUCACACAUAAUUCAUUUUGAAAUUCGACUAAUUUUAUUAAAUAUUUUUCUGUAAAAAUUUCAGCAUAUACAUACACACAACUUUAAAGGCCAGUAAUAGUUCAUCCUCAUUGUAUUAAAUUUAAGUUUAAUUUGCCAUUCUGUAUAAGCUCAUUGGAUAUCUGUAUUUCUUCAGCUUAGACAAUUGCAGACAAAGGCUUCACCAUGCAUAGUACAAGGCUAAGGUACUCUAUCAUGAAUUGUAUAUUAUUUUUUCCAUUCAAAUUUUUGCAGCAUUUUUGUACUUUACUAUGUAUUUUUAACUAUUUUGUAAUAUUUACAUGUGUAUACAUAUUAUGUAUGUUGUGAAAUCUUUCCUCUUUCAUGACUAAAAUAAAAAAUGUUAUAAAUCUUUAAAAA